AUGGCGGCGCCCAUGCGGGUGCUUCCCCGAUUGCCAGUAUUGGUGAUUUUAGGAGCUACUGGCACUGGGAAAUCCAAACUGGCAUUGGAAUUAGGUAGCAGAUUCAAUGGUGAAAUCAUCAGCGCAGAUUCCAUGCAGGUCUACAAAGGUUUGGAUAUAAUAACAAAUAAAGUGCCAGCAGCCGAGCGUCAGCAGUGCCCUCACCAUAUGAUAGAUUACGUGGACCCGCUCGGCAGAUACACGGUCGUGGAUUUCCGUAACAAAGCCGUGCCAAUUGUAGAUGAUAUUUUAUCACGUCAGAAACUUCCCAUCAUCGUUGGCGGCACCAACUAUUACAUCGAGUCGCUGCUUUGGAAUAUACUAUUGGAGAUGCCGAUCAGAGACUCGGGUGAAUUGAUUCUGAACAAAGAACUUCACAGAAAAGGUGAACCCUCACUAACACCGGGAAAACGUAGUUGGAACGAUGAUAUAGCCGGGAGUGCUCUGAAAGUGAAAAUGCAGAAGACUGAGGGGGACGUUGGUGAUUCUAAUGUGAAAAUUGAAGAAAAGGACCAUGAGGAAAAAGACGAGACUAAAAAAGGGGUGAUGAAAAGUGAACUUGAAAAUAAAAGAGAGGAACUUAGACAGUUUAUUUCUAACAUUGAACUUGACAAAGUGAGUGGAACUGAACUUCGAUGCAAAUUAGAAGCAAUUGAUCCAGUUAUGGCAGACGGAACUCAUCCCAAUGAUAAAAGAAAACUAUUUAGAAGUCUGCAGGUUUUUGUGGAUUAUGGUGUGAUACACAGUGAAUUACUUGAAAAGCAGCGUUCAACCGAGGGUGGAAGCGUGCUCGGAGGUCCUCUCCGUUACAAAGAUGCGUGUAUAUUGUGGCUACAGUGUGAAAGAUCUGUUUUAGAUGAGAGGUUAAACAAGAGAGUAGAUGAAAUGAUGGAUGCAGGACUUUUAGAUGAGCUGAAUGAUUUCCAUAGCAACUACAACCAAGAGAGACUUAAAAGCCACAAACCGGAGAGUGAAGAACUGUACACACAUGGUAUAUUUCAGUCUAUCGGAUUUAAGGAGUUUCACCCGUAUUUGCUUUUACCAGAAGACGAGAAAGACAAGGAUCAUGGCAAGAAAUUACUGGAAAAUGGCAUCCAGGCUUUAAAGUUAGCAACCAGACAGUAUGCUCGGAAACAGAACCGAUGGGUUGGAAAUAGAUUUCUGAAAAACGGUCUCAGCAAAAAGACAAUAGCUACUAAAAAGAAAGUGGCCAUAUGUUCCGUUCAGAUUACCGAGUACGCAAUCUUUAGGACUAAUAGACAGGGGUGA